AUGGCCCCACUCCGCCGCUACCUCCGCAUCACCAAGCACUCCGCUCUCGAGGUCCGUAUCUAUCUCGAUAACCCAGCGCAUGCUGAGAGCUGGCUACUGCGCCGCAACGACCCCGCGCUGCCCCGCAUCAUCGAAAGCGUCAGGCCGCUCGUGCUACCAAAACUGUGGGAGGAGAAGGAGCGUUCCGAGCGCAAGGGCAAAGGAAAGAAGGGCGUGAGAGAUGUUGUCGCUGGAGAUGACUUUGAGGUCUCCAUUUUCCUGACAGACAACUCCACGCCCCACUCGCUGCUCACCAAGCAGAAGACUUUCCAAGACAAGCCACGCAUGAAGAGCAACUCAGGCAGGCUGACCGGCUGGCUGACCACCGGGGCCACCAGCGACCAACCUGUUGACGUCGAUGGUGGUGACGGCGGCGCUCCUGUAGUCCUUCGUGAAGAAGAUGAUGAAGAUGCGCCAGUCGCACUCUCUAACAUACCUGAGGCACGCACCGACGCCUCCCGGGCCAGUAAACGCCGCCGUCGCGAGGACAGUGGUGAGGACCUCUAUGCCGACGAUUCUUCUGGCGAGUCUGAAAGCGCUUCUGAUGAAGCGCCGGUGAAGCGUGUCAGAAAACGUGGGCAAGCAAAAGAUCAGGUGGUGGAGGGCGAUGCGGAAGCCACAGAUGACAAGAAAAGGCUCUCUCUCGACACAUCAUAUGACGGCUUCAGCAUAUACGGGCGCAUAUUGUGUCUCGUGGUCAAACGCAAGGGCCACGUCGCGCGCAGCGGUGGCUCAUCAGCCAGCGCGACAGCCCAAGGCACGGCGAGCAGCCAGCAGCAGAUGAUGGAGAACUGGGUAUCCACUCAAGCGGCUGGCAACUUGGGCGUCGACGACGAAGGUGAAGAGUGA